AUGGGAGAUAUCGGCCGUGCUGUCAGGGAUAGGGCAGAAUCAUUUGGUUUUGAAAAAAUAGUUUACUAUAAUAGAUCGAAGUUAUCACCUGAAUUAGAAAAGCAAUGCGAAUAUGCUUCAACACUUGAAGAAUUGGUCAGUGUUUCCGAUGUGAUAUCCAUAAACUGUCCCUUGAACAGAUCAACUUACCAUUUAAUUGAUGACUCCCUAAUUUCCAAAAUGAAAGACGGUGUAGUAAUAGUGAAUACAGCAAGAGGUGCAGUUAUCCAUGAGCAGGAUAUGAUAAAACACUUGAAAACAGGUAAAAUUGGUGCAGCCGGAUUGGAUGUGUUUGAAAACGAGCCUGUGCCUUCUAAGGAACUAUUAGACAUGCCCAGCGUGUUGGCUUUACCUCACAUGGGCACCCAUACAGUGCAAGCUUUCUCCGACAUGGAGAGCUGGACAAUUCAUAAUAUACGUUCUGCAUUAUUGACCGGUAAGGUUCAAACAAUUGUUCCAGAACAGAAGAACACUAAAUUUAAUUAG